UGCUAGAGCCUGAGCGUGUACAUUUGUUUACAGCCGUGAGGUGCUCCGUCUGCACCUCGCCGGAGCGCUUUAUGCGAAUGAGAACAUUCACAGUUUUCGGCAAAAUAUUUAGAAUAAACAGCGCGUAUUACCGAUAUAUCUAUUCCCGUGCGUCUGUCAUGUUUAUGCCGUGUGGUAAAGGGAAUAGCACCCGCUAACAAGACAUGCUAAAGCCACGCUUCACUACCUUGCUAACUUCCAGGGUACCCUUCACCUUACACCGUCAUGUAGACGUCUGUGACAGUUUAAUUAUUUCACCUCACUAUUACAAAGUGCAAAGCUAAUCACUACGUCUGUUAGCAGGUACGGUCCUCGCUCCUUUCAGCGAGUUAACGAUUACACUUGCUAGUUAGCCAGCUGGCAGAGAAGCUAACAUGGGAGUUACACAAGACAGGGUGACCUCCUACAGCAUUUCUCUCAUAAGAUAAGGUAUGAAUCCACCCAGUGUUUAAAGAUUGUGCUUUUAUUACUAAGACAGCUGUAUACUGUUUCGCUACAGUUAUUAACAGCCCACGAUUUAGAUAGCAUUUGUAGCAGCUGGGCUGAUACAUUAUGACUGUGUGCAUGCACCCAUCCUCCUUCACCUGCUGAUACAGAAUGACCAAAGAGCUGGUGCAUCAUGGCAUUGUCUGAAGUUUAUUGGGAUCGUGAAAUACCCCUGCCAAAGCUUGCUCCAGUCCAGGCCAAGGUCACAGUCGCCUUGGUAGCACUCCUGUGCUUCAUUAACAGUUAUGACGGGGAGUUUGUGUUUGACGAUUCGGAAGCAAUCGUCAACAACAAGGACUUGAAACCAGCAACACCCCUGAACAACAUCUGGACCAAUGACUUCUGGGGAAGCAACCUGAGUAGCAACUCUAGUCACAAAUCCUACCGACCUCUCACUGUCCUUACAUUUAGGCUGAACUACCUCGUGGCGGGAGGCCUGCACCCUGUUGGCUUCCAUGUACUGAACAUUGUCCUCCAUGCCGUCAUAUCUGCCCUUAUGAUUGAUGUGUUUGCUAUACUGAUUGGUGGACUUGCCUAUGAUGAGAACAAUAGGAAAUUGAACCACGCCCCCAAGACUUCUCUACUCGCUGCCCUCUUCUUUGCUGCACAUCCGGUCCACACAGAAAGUGUGGCUGGUAUAGUGGGUCGAGCAGACCUUUUAUGCGCUCUGUUCUUCCAGCUCUCAUUCCUCACCUACUGCAAAGCUUUCAACAGAGGGAGUGACAGAGAUGACAGGUUUUCUGUCCAGUGGGUUGUGGUCAGCCUCUUGUUGUGUGCCGCAGCAAUGCUCUGUAAAGAACAAGGCAUCACAGUCUUGGGUGUGAAUGCAGCCUUUGAUGUCCUCCUGAUCUGUAAUGUUAAUGUGUAUGAACUCAGCCAGAGGCUACUCCUUAGGAAGAAUCCACUCGAUGUGAGUGAGAUGUUACGAACAGGACUGCUAACACGAUUGGCUCUCAUGGGUCUUGGAGGACUCUCAAUGCUCUAUGCACGCUGGAGGAUCAUGGGAACAGGACCACCAGCAUUUACUGAAGUAGACAACCCUGCCUCUUUUGCAGAAAAUAUAUUUCUUAGAAUAGUGAACUAUAAUUACUACUACUCUCUGAAUGCCUGGCUGCUGCUGUGUCCCUGGUGGCUGUGUUUUGAUUGGUCCAUGGGCUGUGUGCCUCUCAUUAAGUCAGCCACUGAUUGGAGGAUGGUGUGGCUGCUACUGCUCUGGUGCGUCCUGAUAGGCUUGAUAAGCCAAGCCUUAUGCUCGCAGGACAGCCAGAGGAGGAGGACACUGACCUUGGGUCUGGUGCUGCUGGUGGUCCCUUUUCUGCCAGCCUGUAACAUUUUUUUCAGGGUGGGCUUCGUCAUUGCUGAGAGAGUGCUCUACCUGUCUUCAGCUGGCUACUGCCUACUGCUGGCCUACUCCCUGGGACACUGCUGCUACCACUGGAACAAAUACAGGAAGCUGCUGUGUGUGUCGGUGCUUUUACUGUUGUGUGUGUAUGUAGCGCGCUGUGCUCUCCGCAGUCACCAGUGGCGGUCGGAGCAAAGCCUUUUCACCAGUGCCCUGCCUGUCUGUCCACUCAAUGCCAAGGUCCAUUACAAUGUAGGUAAGAACCUGGCUGACAGAGGGAACACUACUGCUGCGAUCAGAUAUUACAGAGAGGCAGUCAGGCUACAUCCUACCUACGUCCAUGCCAUGAACAACCUGGGGAAUAUCCUGAAGGAGAGGAAUGAACUGAUCGAGGCAGAGCAACUUUUAUCUAAAGCUGUUUCUAUUCAGCCUGACUUUGCUGCUGCUUGGAUGAAUCUAGGAAUAGUUCAGAACAGCCUGCAGAAGUUUGAGGAAGCAGAGCAGAGCUAUUGGAACGCCAUCCGCUUCAGGAAAAAAUACCCAGACUGCUACUAUAACCUGGGACGCUUGUAUGCUGACCAGAACAGACACGUGGAUGCCCUGAAUGCAUGGAGGAAUGCAACGGUGCUGAAACCUGACCACAGCCUGGCUUGGAACAACAUGGUCAUUCUGCUAGACAACACUGGUAACUUGGGUCAAGCAGAGUUGAUCGGCCGAGAGGCUCUAAAGCUCCUCCCCAACGACCACACUAUCAUGUUUUCAUUGGCUAACGUCCUGGGGAAAUUACAGAAAUACAAGGAGUCAGAGGGCUUCUUCCUUCACGCUCUUCGAAUCAACCCAAAUGCUGCUAGUUGCCAUGGCAAUUUAGCUGUGCUGUAUCAUCGCUGGGGGAAGCUGGAGCUGGCAAAGAAACACUAUGAGCUGUCUCUAAAGUUGGACCCCGAGGCUCCUGGGACCAGAGACAACUACAACAUGCUGCGACGCAAACUGGACCAGCUUAAACGCAGCGCACCCUGAGGGAGCGUACAGGGACCCCUGCCUGCCGUAAAACAAAUUUUUCCAUUGUUCCAUUUUGUAUGAUUUUAUCGCAGUAAUUCUGGCUUUGUACCAUUUUGAAAUAAA